UCAAGAAAAUGGAGUUUAGUUACGCAUAAUAAAUUAAAGAUAAAAGUUUCAGUAUGAAAUCAAAUAAAAUAUACUUUUCCAACUGCCGGGGUUAGAAUGGAUAAUACGACUCCAUUUCAACCUUGGGCAGCUGACGAUAAUGCUAAAAAUGUUAAAACUGAACAAGAAUUAGUGGAUGACGCGAAACUUCAUCGGGAAAAUGUCAAUCAUCCAAAACAUAGGCAAACUGCGUCUUACGAUAAAGAAAUCGUCGACGCUCCAAGUGUUGUUCCUGGACCCUCGAGUGCCACGGGUUCCGGUGUCAAUCCCGUCGGUGAAAAAGAGCCCAAAAUGGACUCUAGCAAAGUAGCUUCCAUGCAACAAAUUGUUGAGAACACUCUCAGUCAAGAAGGACGGCAAAGAGUAUCCCAAAUACUUGAGGCAGUGGAGGCUCUAAGUGGAGCAGAGAGACUGUUAUUGUAUCUCCGACUACCGACUGGUGUACCUCCUCAUGAUCCGCUCAAACAGCCUCUUAACCCAUUAGGUUCAAGAGCUGAACUCCAACAAACUGUGACAUGGAUACAAACACAUUUGGAGGUAGACCCCGAUGUUUCAUUGCCUAAGCAGGAUGUUUAUGAUGAAUAUAUAGCUCACUGUAUGAGUAGCAAUAUGAAACCUUUAUCAACUGCUGACUUCGGUAAGGUUAUGAAGCAGGUGUAUCCUACUGUACGGCCGAGGCGACUUGGAACGAGGGGAAAUUCGAGGUACUGCUAUGCAGGGCUCCGUAAAAAGGUUAAACUUGAAGUACCGCAGCUACCUGAUUUGGGUGAAUCGUCUAAGGAACCCACUGUAAUGAAAGAAAGUGAAAGAAUCGUUUGUGAAUGGGCUGAAAGUAAAUUUGGUAUUAAGUUUUUUAACAUAACGGAUCUGUCGAGACAUCUGGUGUCCCCACUCGGUCCCGCCAGCGAGUCUCCACCACCACACACCGCACACGGUCCACCGGAGGAAACGCCUGGCCCUCAGCUGAUGAAACAGCAGCUAAAACGAAAGUUACAGACGCAGGCCACACCGGGAAGGCCCAAGAAAAACAAGGGACAAGAAGUCGCCGGGGAAUCGCCGCCUUCUGCCUCGUAUGUCGGUAUGCACUCGUCUGUCAAGCACGAAAGUGAAAUGCCCGAGCAGAGUUACGCUUACCAGCCGGCCUAUAGCCCUAUGUACGACGUGCGGCAACCCUACGCAUACGCGCCGCCACCGCGAGCGCACCCGCCGCACGCGCCCCCCGCGCCCCACCCCGUGCUGCCCGUGCACGAGUAUCGCCCCGACCCCUACGCUUUCGAGCCGGCCUACGCGCCACGCGAUCUUUCCGUUCCGCCCGACACCGCACACAACCUGCCCAUAAACUUAAGCAGCGACGCCUCGCUCGACCUGUCCACGGAGCGAGGCGAGUGGCCGCGACGCCGACCGCCCGACCCCCCCGCCCCGCACGUACCACCCGCCCCACCCGCCGCGCGUCUCCCGCUACCCGGCAAGAAACUCAUCUUGGAGACGUAUCAGAGCGAGACCCAAGCUGGAUCCCGCUCUGUCGCGACCCACCAGCCCGAAGAGUUUCCGCGCACUGAAUAUCUGCCAAAAAAGAUGCGCGCUGCAGAAAUCCUGGGCGGCAAGCUAUCCGCGACGCGGCAGGCACUCGUCGGGCACGAGCCGACGCCCUCAUCUUCCUCCGCCAGCGCAGAGCCGUCCGUACGACCCGAGGUUGUUUUUUUAGAGGAUUCAAAAAACUUAACGAGCCGGUCCAAAAGCACCGCCGCGGCGCUGGCCCGGGAGGAACAGGAGGCGGCGAGUCCGACACGGUCGGUGAAGGCUCCGACGCCUAAGUGCAGCCGCACGAGGAUUCGCAAGUUCUACUCGCGCGUGAAAGAUCCGUCUCCGGACGCGGCUGAGCGGCCCGAGCGCCUCGCGACACCCGACUCGUGCUGCGGCCUUGACGGCAUCAACAUCAAGACUGGGAUGAUAUGCGAGGAGAAGCACUCUGAAAUCUUGAAUCGAGAGCGCGUGAUAAGUAUCUGUAACAUCGACAAGCACGACCUGGACGACUACCUCAACGAGGGCAACAGUCAGGAGCACGAGGAGGAGUUGUUGCAAUACUUCCAUCAGCGCGACGCCGAUCAAGAUACGACGGCCAACGCGAACCCUGCCGAUAGUUUUUUAGAAACAGGUCAGGACCCACACGACGAACACAGUCAAGGCAAAAGUGAAAAAAUAUCGCAAUUGCGAGAAUUGCUGGCUAAGAAUUUAAAGAAUCAGAGUGGGUCCAAUGCUCAAAGUGUAAAAAAUAACCAAGAUUCUAAAAAAACGAUCGGUACGGAAUCACAUGUCAUUAAAACAACCAUUGCGGACGGGGCAUUCAAGCCGCUCGGUAACGGUACUGUUGAAAUUGUAAAUGGUACGAAUUUGUUGAAAGGCCAUGAAGUUAAUAUUAGUAAAAAUAGUGAUACUGCUCCAAACGAAAAUGGGAUUUCAGUGACUUGUACGUCUGAAAAUAAUCAUAAUCACAAUCAAUUAAUGGCUGCAGUUGGUGGAUCUCAUCUUUAUAACGGCAAUUGUCAUAACGAGCCCCAAAGUCCAACGACCAGAACACAGCAAUACGACUUUGUACCUAUAUCUGAUGGAUGCCAUUCACCUGGGAAUUUCCAUUCAAAAUCUCCUUUAGGAUUCGGACAGCGAGGAAAUAGCCCCACUAAAACAAAUAAACCAGUUAUUAUGGGGGGAUCCUUACAAACGUCUCCCAUUUCGCAUAGUACGGCAGCUAGCCCAUUCGUGAGCCCAAGAAACACUCCAGUGCCAAGAUCACGUUUCUGCUCCCGGCCUAUUCCGAAGCAUAAUGGUAGAAAAAAACGUAAUCCUCUUACCCUAGGCGUAAACGAUCCAUGUAGUAAACAAUUUGCCAUACCAAAUGAUCAGAAAUUCAUGCCGAAAACCUCUUUAAGUGGUCCUAAUAUUAAGUAUUGCCAACCUAUGUCAGCACCGCCUUCUCCAAACAUUCUUUCACAUUAUAAGCAGCAAAUGGUCCAAAACUCUGGUAUUCCCAACGGUGGCAGCAAUAUGUGUUUGAGCUUUAUCCCAAACGCAUUCCGGGAGAAUAUUAACGGUGAAUUAGCACAACCGUUGUCUGCAGAUCCUUUAUCCAGCGAGGUGAGUCGAUUUUUUCAAGAACCAGUCCUCAAUUAUAGACUCGGUCAUGACACCUCAUUCAGAUCACAAUCAGUGCCACUCAAACAGGCACCGAUGAACAUCAGCUUAUUAAGCUAUAACAACACUCCAGUGGGUUCCGUGCCCCCGACGCCAGUGCCAAACGAGUUUUGUGACUUUGGCUCUCUCGCAGACACGUGCGACAUAUCCAAAGCCGGUCUAAACCCUGAAACUUUAGACAAAAUAUAUGACGCAAUCGACAGUAGCAACGGUGUACUUAACGCAGGAGCAUCGACGACCAUUAUAAAUACAAAUGAUGCUUUAACUAAUGGUUGCGAUCCAUUGCCUGACCAGCAAAUUCUGACUGAUGAUCAGUUGCAGUCUCUCAUGCCUAGUAGUACUGAACUGCUCGGUAGAAGCGGCCAGUAUAGCGAAUCAUUCCCAAACGAUGCGGCGAGUGCUGAUAACGUCGAAGAGUUCUUGAAACGAACGAACAGUAUUGAUUAUGAUUUAUCAGAACUGGUAACUGAGAAAAAUAAAUAUUAUACCUCACGCUCAGUUCCCAGCACACCUCUACCUUAUAAACGGACAGCGCCAAAUUUACAAAUCGAUUCUCGUCUUUCUAGAGAGCUGUUCACUGCUGAGAAUAACUAUUCUAACAUUUCGAACGGCAUAUCUUCAAAGUCUGUCCCAUCAACGCCACAGUUGGCCGAAGAUAGAAGUGUUUUUAGCUACAGUAAUAGAGAUUUUCUUAUCAAUGGGAAUUCCGUCGACAUGUGCAACUCCAAUCAAAUGCGUUCCGUAGAAAACGACCAAGGCCUAACUUCACCGCUUGACAUGUUACGAGAGGACAUAUUAGUAGAUCCAUUGACCCCAUCCAUAGAUCCUUUGCUGGCAGACCUUGACAAAAUGGAUGGAACACCAUAUGUUGACCUCUAGUCGGCAUGAUUAUCACCAAUUAGAAAUAAGAUUAGCUUCAUGAACUUGUACAGUCGGAUAUCAAGUAUUAGAUAUCUUCUAGAGUACAACGUAUUAUAUGCCUUCAGUGAAGGCAAUUAUUACCAUAGUAGUUUAAAAUAUCAAUCGCACACUCCCAAAAACUUGAGUCAAUACAAUGCACCACAAUAUUGUGAUAAGAAUAUUUUGAUGAAUUAAUAUCUCCAAAUUACUAGUAGAAGGACUAACAAUCCAUGAGAUUUUUUCAUUUAAAUACGUAUUAUAUUGAUCGUAAAUGUAAAUUUAUCUUCAGUUUUUGCUUCAUCAAUAUGUAAACUUAAUGGCCUAAUAAUUAAUUAAUUAAUUUAAUUGUUAAAUACAUCGUGACGAACAUCAUCGAGCACUUUGGUGUUCUAGAGAAUUUAAUACAAACAUCGUGAUAUAUUUUUAUUUCUUGGGGCCAAUAUUAGUAUCCGAUUUUUUUUUUUAAAUGCUUCAUGACAAUAUAAAAGCUUAUUGUGAAAUAUAGAGAAACAUCGAAAUUUUGAUACUUUCGAGUAUACAUAGUCUGUAAAAAUUAACAUGAAUAAAUGAGUUAGCUAAUGUAUUCCUCAAGAAUAAAAUUAGCUACAUACGUAGUAAGUAAGCAGACCAAACGUCGCGCCAAGCGUGCAUAGUGAACUAUAUAUAUAUAUAUAUUAAUUGGUUUCUUAAGAAGAUAUAUAAAUAGUAUAUAGUUUAUAAAAAUGAAUUUAUUGUAUAAGUCAGCACAAAGAUUUUAAUAUAUUUUAUUAUCGCAUAGGAGUUUUCUCUUAUAUACUAAAUUUACAUGAUCGCAUAUGAUGCGGCGAGGAAUUUUAACAUGCCCUUUAUGGCUGCAGUGAGCUUAUGUGAGAAACCGAAAUAAACAUUCAUUUCCCGUCGACAUAUACUGCUCGGAUUGAAAGUGAAAUCGUUCGUUUUCGGUAUUGUACGGUAGAUAUAUCUACCGCUCUCAAUUAGGCGCUGCGCAAACAUAGACAUUCAUGUGUAUUGUCUUGGAUACAACACACGACACAAGCAUAGUUUUAUUUUAAACUAACAAUCAAUUUAUUACGAUCUAUGCAGACUUAAACACAUUUGGUGUCAGUUACUUCCAAUUGCCACAAACGGAUUGCCAAUCAAAAAGUGUUCAUUGUUUGCAACUAGAAAUUAAAUUUAAAUAAGUGUCAAAACUACAGUACUCAACAACAACAACAACAACAACAACACCAACAACAACAACACAACCACACAACUUCCAGUAUAAAGUUGUCAGUUCCUGACAAUAAAGUAUCUACGUUUACACAGCGCCUUAGCCAACUUAUCGUUGUCAUUUUUGUACGCCGCGCAUUAUGUAUCGCCGGGAACCUGUUAAUUACAGCCGAGAAGUCAGCAUAAAAAUAAAGUACAGCACGUUGUUUAGUAUGUUCGAUUGAUUUUAACUCAGGAUAUGCUGGCUGACUUGAGUUGUUUCCGUUAGACUUUGAAGAAUCGGAAUGUUGUUUUCAAUGUAAUUGUUGUUAUAUUUUGUUAAAGUUAAAGCUUCUUGAAAUUAUAAAAAAUAAUUAUUUUAUA